UACCAUCCAAAUUCCCUAAUACAAACACAACACAGACAUAUUACAAAGAGAGAAAUGAAAGUCUCACCUAAUACUACUACUACUGCCACCUCCUGUUACGAACCCAAGUCCGUCCUUGACCUUCGCCGGAGCCCCAGCACCGCCGACAUUGCCGCCUCCAUAAUUCAUCUCGACAAUAUUCUCAAUCACUCAGACGAUUGGGAAUCAUUAAUGAAAGAAUUGGGCUUAAGCGACGAUCUAAAUCUAAAUCCCGAUCCUUCCUCCUCCCCUGUUUCUACAUCUCAACUUCCCUUUCCAGAUUUCACCCAUUUCCCACUCACCAUCGCAGCCGAUCAAAUCAAUUUUCCAUACUGUUCAAGCGAACUCAACUUCCUCGAUGAUCUUAUUCAAUUAGCUGAAUGCUUUGAAUCCAAGGACUUACAAUUAGCUAACGUUAUUUUAACAAAGCUUGACCAACAAUUACCAUCACCUGCCGGAAAACCACUUCAAAGGGCGGCGUUCUAUUUCAAAGAAGGUCUUCACUCUCUCAUUUCCGGUACGAACCACCAACCUAACCCACCGGCGUCUUCAUCAGAAGUCGUGCAGGCUAUUCGCGCUUACAAUCAUUUCUCAAACAUAUCACCGAUCGCCAUGUUCACCAAUUUCACCGCGAAUCAGGCCAUUCUCGAAGCUGUUAACGGAUCCAUGCUUGUUCAUGUUGUAGAUUUCGAUAUUGGGUUCGGCGGUCAGUGGGCUUCGUUCAUGAAAGAGAUUUCAAAUCGCUCUGAGAUAAUGAAACCGAUGCUGAGAAUAACCGCUGUUGUUCCUGAAGAAUACAUAACAGAGUCGAGAUUGAUUAUGGACAACCUUACCCAAUUCGCUUCUGAUCUAAAAAUACAAUUCGAGAUCGAAUUCGUUUCAACCCGAACGUUUGAAUACCUUUCAUUCAAUUCGAUUAAAUUCAUCGAAGGAGAAACCACCGCAGUUUUACUCUCCCCGUGGAUUAUCCGUCGAAUCGGCGCCGGGUUUCUCAACGAUCUCCGUCAGAUAGCACCGAGUGUAGUUCUUCACGUCGAUAGCGAUGGGAUGGGAGACGGUGGGAUGAUUUCUUUCCGACGGAGUAUGAUCGAUGGUCUAGAGUACUACUCGACGUUAAUUGAAUCGCUGGAAGCAUCAUCCAACGGCGGUGACGAUUGUAUUCGUAAGAUCGAGAAUUUCUUUCUCCGGCCGAAGAUUAUUACGGCGGUGGAGGCGGCAGGGAGCCGGUCGACGCCAUGGAGGGAGGCAUUUGCAGAGGCGAGAAUGCGGGCGGUGGUUUUAAGCCAGUUUGCGGAUAUCCAAGCAGAAUGUUUAUUAGGGAAAGUACAGGUCAAUGGUUUCCACGUGGCCAAACGGCAUGCUGAGCUGGUGCUUUGUUGGCACAGCAGACCCCUAAUUGCCACGUCAGCUUGGAGGUGCUAAUUGCCACGUCAGCAUGUAGGUCUUACUUGCCACGUCAGCAUGUAGGUGCUAAUUGCCACGUCAGCUUGAAAGUCUUACUUGCCACGUCAGCAUGGAGGUGCUAAUUGCCACGUCAUCCUGGAGGUGCUAAUUGCCACGUCAUCCUGGAGGUGCUAGGCAAUAACAUAUAGUCCAUUACUCCCUAGUGCUAACUUUUUAUUUAAUAUUUAUUUAUUUCAUGUUUAUUAGGCUAUAUUGAGUAUGGGAUCAUUUAGAAAUAUGUUUUAAGGUUGUAGCAGGUUAUGGUGCUUAAUUUAAAUUUCAAAAAAUGUUUUUAAAAAUUUUCUUUAUUUUAGAAUAUUGUGAUUUUUGUGUUCUUAUAUCAAAACAUGUUAACUUUUA